GGUUUAUCAUUGAUAGAUCUCUACCGACAAUAUAUUCUGAUAGAUUUCGAAAGAAAAAUCUAAAUUUUCAAAAAAAAAAUCUUACACAUUAGUUUCCAAAAAUUUGGACAAAGUCAAGACAACAAUUUCACGAGUCUUCCAUCUUCCUAAAUCGAAAUCAACGACCAAAUUAAAUGUUCCAAAGCUCAGAUACCACACAUCCAUGGCUUCCAACAACUUAAUCUUCUUUCUCUUGCCCUCUCUUGCUCUCCUACAACCCAUCUUGGCCGUCGAGUACACCGUCACCAACAACGCCAGAGGCACCCUUGGCGGCACCCGCUUCGACAACAUAAUUGGAGCGAAUUACAGCCGGCAGACGCUGGUAGCUGCCACUACUUUAAUAUGGAACAUUUUCAAGCAAAGUACGGCUGCGGAUCGGAAAUAUGUGCAGAAGAUCAGCCUGUUUAUUGAUAAAAACUUCGAAGGAGUGGCGCUCACUACCAACGACGAAAUUCAUCUCGGCGCAAACUAUAUCUCAAGCUACAGUGGGGACUUGAAAAGGGAGAUCACAGGAGUGUUGUACCAUGAAAUGACCAAUAUCUGGCAGUGGGGGAACUCGGAGGCGCCGGGUGGGCUGAUAGAAGGGAUUGCCGAUUACGUACGGCUUAAAUCGGGAUACAUUCCAGGGCAUUGGGUGGAGCCAGGUGGCGGGAACUGGUGGGACGAAGGCUACGACGUGACGGCGAGAUUUUUGGAUUAUUUAGAGGGGGUGAGAAGUGGGCUGGUGGCGGAGCUGAACCGGAGGCUGAGAAAUGGCUACUCCGCCGAUUACUUCCGGCAGUUUUUGGGGAAGCCGGUGGAUGAGCUAUGGGCUGAGUAUAAGACUAAGGCCAAGUACGGGAAGCUUGAUAAAAAGUGCGAUAGUUUUGAAAUUGAAGUCAAUGGAGUUUUUGCCCUACAGCUGUAGAGAAUUAAAGUGUUUGGGAUUCAAAAGUCUAACUUGCGUGUGUGAUUUUUUGUUUCAAUUUGAAAAUUUUUCUAAUGGAUGCGUAUUCACAUUAUAAAUUUAUCUUAUUUGUAGAUUUCAUAUUAGUUUUAAUUGGUUCAUUCUUUUUAAAAGUACGUUUAAGAGAAAUACAAUA